CUUCGUUUCAAGUUAAGUAAACCUGCAAAAUAGGGUUCGGAAAAAGCUGCUGCCUGCUCGGGACUGUCGGUGUCUUACGACCUUCCAAACUUGGGAUAGGUAGUUGAGAGAAGCCGCUCAAUAAUUAAGCAACUAAUGAACAGAUUUAUAUAAAACUGUUGCGGAAAGGUAACCAUUGUGGCUGAUAAAACUUGAACAACUUAAGCUUGUUUAACGAUUACCAUGAAGUUCUCUCUUACAAGCUUGGUGCUCGGUUUGUUCUCAGUGGCAACGACAAACGCUGCGAAGUCCUUCUCAGCUUCGAACCUUUACUAUGCCGCUGGACUGACUGAUGGCCAGCAGACUAUUCUGUUGAAUGGCCUCCAAAGCGCCGGUGUCAAGGUUUUACGGGUAUGGCUUGAUGGUCAAUCCGGAGCGACGAAGGGAACGCCUACCAACGACUUCAAAAGUCUGCAAGGCACGAGCCCCGAUGACUGGGACGAUACUGUCCUAAACCGACUCGACAACCUUAUGGUCAAGGCCCAUGACCAUGGUAUCAAGCUUCUCAUUUCUAUUCACAGCUAUAAUGCUCUUGAAAACAACAGUGACUUCUACGGGAAAUGGUACGGUACCGGCAACUUUUACACCGACAGUAAAGCUAUUAGCCAGUUCAAGGAUCGUAUCGCCCACGUUCUUGCACACAAACACCUCAAGACGGGUAAGACUUGGAGUCAGAGCUCUGAGUACAUCUUCGCUUUUGAAGCACAGAAUGAAGCUAUGCAUCCACAGGGAAACCCACAGGCCUUGGCUUCCUGGCAGUGCACCAUGGCCAAAAGCAUCAAAGACAACUUGAAAGGCAACUCGAAGAUCCUCGUCACGACCGGUGGCGGCGCGUAUCUCGAUAACUCCCUCCUCAAUCCCUACUUCUCCUGCGAUAGUCUCGACGUCCUCACUACCCACGCCUACGGUGUCGCCGACCUUACAACUUCUAGACUUCAGCCAUUCGUCGCCAAGGCUAAGAACACUGGCAAGAAACUUAUCAUGCAAGAAUGGGGUGCCUGCUACACCGAUGCCGAGAACAAUAACUGCAAUGGAGGAAACCCACUUCAUGUGAGCACAAGAGAUGGCAAUAUUAAGAAGUGGGCAGCGAAUAUUGAUGCAGCGGGAAUUCCUUGGUUCUACUGGCAGAUCCUCCCGAAUGCAGAUCCUCACCAAGGCUGGGACUAUGAGAUUGGUAUCAACGAUGCGAACUGGGAGGUCUUGAAGGCCGCUGGACUUGCCGCAGGAAAAGCCGAGUCUGCUUUUGACUUUAGUCCUUAUCUGCUCUGAAUAGAUGGUACUAGGUCAUUGCAAGGAGUACUUUGCAAACACGUGUGUCUUAUUUUCUCAGCAGGUUUGAUGUUAUGGUUGAAAGACUGACGGCUGCAUGGCAAAGGGAAGACAAGAAAACUUAGGGCCUCUAUCCUAGAUGACAAAAAGACUCAGGUAAAUUUAGUAUAGAUUGAGUAGACCUUAGAC